GGUGGAUCUUGGACCUACUUAUUGAUUUAUUUAUAGCAAAGAUGACACUUAUCUUUAUUUAUCAGUUUUUAUAUUUUUCGUUUGGAAUUUUGGUUUUCAAAGCUUUACGUGAUUUUUUCAACUAAUUUUCACAGCAUGGGUAAAAUAAAUCGUUCAACGAAACCCAUAAAGAUGUGGAUCGAUGGAACUGCCUUUAGUAUACCUAAGUUUGAAACAAGAACAGCCUUUAAUCGUAAUUUGCCAACCAAUUCAGCUUGCUUAAAUGUUUCUGUUCUGCAUAGAUUCUGUUGUAACAGAUUUGAACCUACAGCAAGAGCAUAACUUCAUUUUAACAGAGAUGGAUAACCGUUUCACUACAAGUUUUUGCUUACCACCUGUUUAUUAUGUUGGUUUAAACAAUUUCCCUUACUUAAGCCGAAGGAAAAUAGAGGUAGAUACACGCACCGUUAUUCGCACACCACAAAGGGAUGACGGCAGUAUGACUAUAAGCGGAGACUGUGCUGAUGAUGUGGUGAAUGCUCGACGGACAGUACAAAGCAUUGUUGCCGAAAUACGUAAUAAACAACCUGCUGCUCAAUUUAUAUCGAUUCCUGUAAAUAGUGAAGAAGUACAAAGAAACUUUCAGCAAUUUAAAGAUGCAAUACUGAGUGCUGGUCCUAUAGAAGGUGUGGAGGACAGUGUUUUCCAAUCGCCACUCAAAUUACAUUUAACAAUUUGUGUGUUUGUUUUAUUAAGUCCGUCAGAGAAAGAGGAGGCUGUCAAGGCCUUAAAUGAUUGCAAAACUGAAGUUUUAGACACUUUCUUAAGCAGUGAAACUCCCUUAAAAGUACACGUGGCUGGAAUUGAUUGCAUGAAUGACAAUCACUCGAAAGUGAACGUGUUAUAUGCAAAUGCAAAGAUUGUGCAAGAUAACAAUGAAGAAGUCCUGCAAAAGCUGGCUAAUGCUAUUUCUGAUUACUUCUACAAUCGUGGGCUACUGAUCCAAUAUACUGACAAUGUUAGAUUACACGUAACACUUAUGAAUACCAAGUACAGAAGUAAAUCUGCACAAAACACACCAAAAAGGUCGAGAUGGCCCACAAAACGGAUACCAUUUAAUGCUACCAGCAUUAUUGAGAAAUAUAAAGAUUUUUAUUUUGGAGAAAAAGUUUUGGAUUCCAUUCACCUUUCGUGCAUGUCAUCUAAGGGAGAAGAUGGAUUUUACGCCCCACUGUCUGUAAUUAGAUUUUAAGAUGUGUAUUUUGUGAAGUUAUAUGUGGGUAGUUUGAUAGUUUUUGUUAUUAUAUUUUUAUAUGGGCAAUAAACUAUAACCAAAGAGUAAUUAUUA